AUGCCGCCCAAGAAAAAGGCCGGUGCGAAGGCCAAGGUCAGCGCAAAGGCAAGUUCGUCUGCCGCGGAUGCGAAUCAGGGCGAGGAGGCGACAGCCACCCUUCCAGAGAAUUUAAACUUGGAGCACGAUGCAGCAGUCAACCGUGCGAUCGAGAACAUCCUUGGAUGUCCGGCAUUCGCCGAUAUCCUGACUGCUGCGCCCAUCGGCAUCAGCACGACUGACGUUGAUGCCUUUGAGCAGAAGAAGUAUGACGCGGCGUUCUUUCGCCACGGGAAGUAUGCUGCGGCCGGAAACCUCUUCUGGCUGAAUCUGAGGUGGAGUCCCGCCAAAAGCGUACCUACCAAUCGCAAUGGGGUGAAGAUGCUGCAGGCAAGGAUUAAACGGGAGAGGAGCUUCGACUACAACCUCGUCGUUGCAGUGGCUCCUGAUGGUGCCUUGGAGCUCGGGAACCUCCGAAGGAUCUCGGCACAGGAGUACGACGAGGCCUUGCUCUUGCUGGUGAGUGAAGUGAUCGAUGCGGCCCCAGACGUGUCGGAGCUUCUGUCCCUGGGCUGUAUAGGAGACCUCGCAAGUCUCACCAGCGCGGCUUGCGGUGUUGUUUCAGACUGGUAUGUGACUGCGAGGUUCUGGCGCAAAAUCGUGCUUUCCGUGACCUUGUGCUUCGAGCAGCAUGCGAGUCCCAUGGACGCCUUCAUCAGAAGCGCGAUUGUCAAUCUCCGCAACGAUAUUGCCGACGAGUUCGAAGCUGUGCUUCGCAGUGGACCACAGAGAAUCAUGGAACUCAUGCUGUUCCGGAAGCGUUUGGAGGCCGCCAAGGGAGGUGGCAAAAUCACCAACGAGCAGGUGUACGAGGCCUGGAUCCGCCAGAUCCCGAAUCGGGAAUCCAAGGUGCUGGAGAAGGUGAGCCUGGAUUUCGUCUGCGCUGCGCAGAAGAUCUAUACCAGGCUUCUUCAGGACAGCGAUUUGCGAAGCUUGGUCUUCCAGUUGGAAGAAAGCUGGGGCAAGGCCAGCCCUUUUUGCCAGCUUGGGACUUUGGAAAAAGUCGUGGUCAAGGCGACGCCGAUCGGCUGGACCCUUCGCACCGUGAAGUUCAUGCUUGAGACACAGAUAGCCUUUCCUCGCGACUUCAACGCCAGCACGCUGGACCCUCCGCGUGGCAAGGGCCUCAUCACGCUGUUCAACUUCAAGCACGAACUGCUGCAGCACCUGCUGACGUCAUUUCUGGAGUCGCUGCCGAUGCCAUUCGAUGACAAAAAGGAGAUUCGAGACCGGUGCUCCUCGCACCAGCUCUUCCUGGACAACUCGCGUCCCGAGAACAUGCAGUGGCAAAGCACAGUGUGUGAGGCUGCGCGGAAGGUUAUCGCCUUCCUGAAGGCAGAUGUCUACGGUGUGACCAACGACGGCCACUACAAGACUUCCCUGCGCGGUACCAUUGUUUUCAAAGACUUGUUGACGCAAUGCUCCCACUUGGCCGACAGUCUUGAUGAAAUCCAGACUGUGGCCAACAAAGGGAUGGUGGCUCCGGGAGCCGCUGCAGAUGAGCAGGUGCCCGGCGCCCCUGCAGCGGCGCCGGACAUGAGUUUCGUGGACCCUAAGAUUGUAGCGGUGGAUGACUCGAACGAGCUUGCAAGGUGGCAGGAACACAUCCAGACAACAACGGACCAAUUCGUGAAGCUCAUUCCUGACACUUCAUCCUCCUACACAGAGCUGGCAGCGGCUCUCGGCAACACGGUGGUGAAGAGCUGCAGGCCGUAUGAUGCAAAUCUCCCGCCCACCGCUCCUUCGCAGGGAUCUGUCAUGUUGUACAUGGACACGAAAACAAUGGGGGAAGCCUCGGCUUUGCCUCAUUGCCGGCUCCCGCCAUUCCAAAAGUCCUGGGUCACCAAGUUCCUCCAUGGCUUCGUGAAAGCUCGCUUCGAGGGCGUGGGUGAGGACCCGAGCCAGGAGGGCGAGCUCAUCAGAGGGGACAUUGUCGCGAUCUUAGACGGGGGCCGCGAGGGCCUCUCGUCGCAAAUCGCCAGCGUCUUCACCAAUUAUGCGGCGACGACGGGCAGCAACAUGAUGACCAAGGCCCGCAAUCCUUUCUAUGUGGUUUACUCUUUGGAGGGUAUCCAAGACAGCAGAGAGCGCAUUCGCGGCAUCUGCAAUCAGAUGGAGUCUAUGAGCAUCUACACUCUCGAUGGGUUGUGGCUUCCCAAGCGCAAGCGCAUUGUGCUCGAUGGCGCCAACAAUGGCAACGUCUUUAACCCUGUUGCAGGGCUAGGCUUGGACCACAAGGAUACCUGGCUUCUCAGCCCAGCUGACCGCAAGAAGGUCUACACCUCAUCUGCGAAAAUCCUGGUUGGGGGGACUGUCCCGGACGCACCGGCGAAGCCCGUGUGCAACGCCGGGGAGCCGGUUUCCUGGCACCUGACGCAUCCGUCUCUGUACCUGGAAGUGCUGAAUGCCUUCAACGUCAAAGUGAUGGUGCAGGCAUACGCCAUGGACCACUUGAUGGCCUUGAAGCGCCUCGUCUGUACUUUACGCAGGCCUGGAGUCCGGCAUUCUUUUACUGCGAGCGUUGCAGCAUCUCAGGUGCGUCGAGCGUCGCAUCCCUUUCGUGGGAAUCGUCUUGAAUGGGGAUCACCUGGAGCUUCUGAAGGCCAAGAUUAA